UCUCCAUCACCAAUCCCUCCUCAAUCUCUCUUCCCAAAAUACCCCUUCAUCCAUCUCUUCAUUUCCUCUGCAAUCUCUUCCCAAAACACCAACUUCCACAUCUUCAAUCAUCUCUAAUUCCUCUUCAAUUUCUCAAAAAACCCAUCUCUCGAUCGUCGAUUCCUCUUCCAAUCCCCUCCAAAACAAAAACCCAACUCUGAAAUUCUCCCAAAUCACCGCCAAAAAUGCCUUCUCUUCCUGAAGAGCCUCUCCUCGCCCCAAACCCCGAUCGCUUCUGCAUGUUCCCGAUCCGAUACCCUCAAAUCUGGGAAAUGUACAAAAAAGCUGAAGCCUCGUUCUGGACCGCUGAAGAAGUGGACCUCUCUCAAGAUCUCAGCCAUUGGGCUACUCUUACUGCCGAUGAAAAGCACUUCAUAACCCAUAUCCUGGCCUUUUUCGCUGCAUCUGAUGGCAUUGUUCUUGAAAACCUUGCAGGCCGCUUCAUGAAGGAAGUCCAAGUAGCAGAAGCUCGGGCCUUCUAUGGAUUUCAAAUCGCCAUCGAAAACAUCCACUCUGAAAUGUACAGUCUCCUCUUAGAAUCCUACAUCAAAGACUCCACUGAGAAGGACCGUCUCUUUCACGCAAUCGAGACCGUCCCUUGUGUGGCGAAAAAGGCUGAGUGGGCUCUUAAGUGGAUUGACGGCUCAGAAUCAUUCGCUGAGCGUCUGAUUGCAUUUGCUUGUGUUGAAGGAAUCUUCUUCUCAGGGAGCUUCUGCUCGAUAUUCUGGCUGAAGAAGCGAGGCCUGAUGCCGGGCCUGACAUUUUCAAAUGAACUGAUAUCUCGUGAUGAAGGGCUGCAUUGUGAUUUUGCAUGCUUGUUAUAUGGGAUUUUGAAUCAUAAGCUGAGUGAGGAGAGAGUAAGAGGUAUUGUUUCAGAUGCAGUUGAUAUUGAGAGGGAGUUUGUGUGUGAUGCUCUGCCUUGUGCUCUUGUUGGGAUGAAUGGAGAUUUGAUGAGUCAGUACAUUGAGUUUGUGGCGGAUCGAUUACUUGGGGCGUUGGGGUGUGGGAAGAUAUACAAUGUUUCGAAUCCGUUUGAUUGGAUGGAGCUGAUUUCGUUGCAGGGGAAGACGAAUUUCUUUGAGAAGAGGGUGGGAGAGUAUCAGAAGGCGUCAGUGAUGUCGAGCUUGAAUGGGGAUGGAGGGAAGCAUGUGUUUAAGUUGGAUGAGGAUUUCUGAAUUGUUUUUUCUUUUUCUUUUUUUCUUUAAUGAAAGAUUAUUUGCUUGUUGAUUUCCUUGUUUAUUGAAUGGUAAGAAGGACUAUGGCAUGAUGUUGAUGGAGGGUUGAUAUUGUUCUUGGGUUAUUGCAUCAAUGGUCUUAACA